CCCAAUAAUAAUCCACUGGGCUCUGUUAUAAUAAAAACAAUCCCCUCCCUCUCCUAUUUACCUCCUGAAUAAAACUGGAGAGAUAAAAAAACACAUAAAAAGGAAAAAAUCGAAAGGAGAAAUACAUAAAUAUUAUAAAUAUAUAUAUAUAAAUACAAAAAAAUGCCAGUAGGAAAAGUUGUGAUAUCUGCGGCUUCCGUCCUUCUAGUGGUGGGUGUUGCCAUAGGAGUUGUCACCUAUGUUAAUAGAGGCGACGACGGUGGUGGCAGCAAGGAUGCUUCUCUUAAUUCACAUCAAAAAGCGGUUCAGGCAAUUUGUCAAACAACCACAGACCAAGGCUCGUGCUCAAAAACUCUCGACCCGGUCAAAAGCGAUGAUCCAAGCAAGCUUAUCAAAGCCUUCUUGUUGGCUACAAAAGAUGCGGUCACAAAAUCUUCAAACUUCACGGCUACGACCGAAGGAGGCAUGGGGAAAAACAUGAACGCAACGACCAAAGCCGUUCUUGAAUAUUGCAAGAGAGUGUUGACAUAUGCUCUUGAGGAUCUUGAGACCAUUGUUGAAGAAAUGGGUGCAGAUCUUCAGCAGAGCGGAAGUAAGCUUGACCAGCUUAAACAAUGGUUAACAGGAGUGUUUAAUUACCAAACUGACUGUCUUGAUGACAUUGAGGAAGUGGAGUUCAGAAAAAUCAUGGGUGAAGGAAUCUCUAACUCCAAAGUUUUGACAAGUAACGCUAUAGAUAUCUUUCAUUCUGUUGUCACGGCUAUGACCCAAAUGGGUGUCAAAGUCGACGAUAUGAAGAACGUGAUGGGAGGACUUGGAGCUCCUGCACGUCGCCUUCUUGGAGACAUCGACCAAAAUGGACUACCCAAAUGGCUUUCUGGCAAAGACAGAAAGCUUAUGGCUAAGGCUGGACGCGGUGGUGGUGGUGCACCUCGUGAUGAUGGUAUCGGUGAAGGUGGCGGUGGUGGGGGUAAGAUCAAGGCGACUCAUGUGGUGGCUAAGGAUGGAAGUGGAAAGUUUAAGACGAUUUCUGAAGCAGUUAACGCUUGCCCGGAUAAAAACAAAGGACGUUGCAUUAUCCAUAUCAAGGCUGGUACCUACAAUGAAGUGGUCAGAAUCCCUAAGAAGAAGAACAACAUUUUCAUGUUUGGUGAUGGUGCUACAAAAACCAUCAUUACUUUUAACAAAAGUGUUAAACUUACCCCUGGAACCACUACUUCACUCAGUGCCACCGUUCAGGUUGAAUCCGAGGGAUUCAUGGCGAAAUGGAUUGGGUUUAAGAACACUGCUGGUCCAUUGGGACACCAAGCGGUCGCACUCCGUGUAAAUGGAGACCGUGCGGUCAUAUUCAACUGCAGAUUUGACGCUUACCAAGACACACUCUACGUCAACAACGGACGUCAGUUCUACAGAAACAUUGUUGUAUCCGGUACAGUCGACUUCAUCUUCGGAAAAUCCGCAACAGUGAUCCAAAACUCUCUACUCCUCUUACGAAAGGGCAGCCCCGGACAGUCCAACUACGUUACAGCCGAUGGUAACGAGAAGGGUGCAGCGGUCAAGAUCGGUAUCGUUCUCCAGAACUGUCGUAUCAUGCCAGACAAAGACCUUAUAGGUGACAAAGGUCCCAAGAAAGUCAAAUCGUAUCUAGGACGGCCGUGGAAGAAAUUUUCCACGGCUGUGAUUAUUGGAAGUGAGAUUAGUGCUUCGAUUGAACCAGAAGGAUGGACCGAGUGGAAAGGAGAACAAAACCACAAAACAGCUAAAUACAUUGAGUUUAAUAACCGUGGACCAGGAGCUAAAACUAAUGCGAGGCCUCCUUGGACUAAGGCGGCUAAGUCUGCGGCUGAGGUUGAAGGUUUCACCGUAGCUAAUUGGGUGGGUCCGGCUAAUUGGAUUCAAGAAGCUAACGUGCCUGUCCAGCUUGGAUUGUAAGAAAGAAAAAUAUAGUAACGUUAAGACAGUUAUAUGAUAAUGUAAUGAUACGACCUCGUCUCGGAGUAUCAGGGGCUCUUUUUGGAUAUUAUUAUACAAUAUAGGGCUCUAGACAUUUAGGGAUGAAGUUUGUAUAAGAUUGCUUUUGUUUCACGUGCAAAAUAGAAUUUUUUUAUGUU